AUGACAUCCUUGUAUCCUACUGCUCUCUCACCACCACUUUUUCUCACUCCUCUUCCCUCGCCCUCCAAUCUCGACCUAUCUCACCUCCCAAAAGACCCUUCGACAUUUCUGCUCAACCCAUCGGAAAGAUUGGAAAAACUGCUUUCAACAAUCUCAUCAGUCUUGACGGCGUAUUCACUGUUACCAAACCCCUCACCAAUGUACUUGACUGCUUUGAGUGAUUUCCAUCACCGAGCAGCUGCAUUAUCCCCCAAUGCAAUCUCCCUUCCUCCCACUCCGCCAUCCAGUAGUCCACAGUCUACGAAAUUGAGGCGUUCACUAUCGUACAACUUGAUGCAGAAUCAACCGCAAUCAGGUCAAAUUACACCAUUAUGUAAAUUUUCUCACACCUCAAACAAUGUAUCAAGUCUAAUCCCACUUCCCCCUUCUCCUUCUUCGCCCAAAGAAUUACCUUUAACGUUGGAAGCAGUCGAAAGGCUGGAGAAAGAUUGGUGGAACAGUGAAGUCGUAGCUGCAUGGUACGGUCCACGUUCUCGUAGGUCACCCGAUAGAAGACAUGCUCCUGCUUCACCAGGAACUCAAGAUUCGUCACUGGAAAGCAGCGGACUGACUGGGCAAAGGAAAAAUUGUAGUACUACCCGAAGUAGCGUACAUAGGACCAAACGAAGCGAUGGGAAAUCGGAGCUUGCCGUAAUGGGAGAUACGAGCUAUGUUGGGUUGAACGACGAGUAA